CGCGCUCCCCGCCGCCAGCUCCGCGGCCGAGUCUCUGAUUCUGGGGAGACAGAGACUCCGCCUCGGCUGGAGGAACUAGGUGCUCCGGCUCUCUCCUCGCUCGAGAGGACCAAGCUCAGGCUAAAAAAUGGCAUUUCAAAAGGCAGUGAAAGGAUCUAUUCUUGUUGGAGGAGGUGCUCUUGCAACUGUUCUCGGCCUCUCUCAGUUUGCUCAUUACAGAAGGAAACAAGUGAAUCUGGCCUACGUUGAAGCAGCAGAGUACGUUUCAGAACCUAUUAACAGGGAGCCUCCUUCCAGGGAAGCUCAGCUACUGACUUUGCAAAACACAGCUGAAUUUGAUAUCCUGGUCAUUGGAGGAGGAGCAACAGGAAGUGGCUGUGCGCUAGAUGCUGUCACCAGAGGACUAAAAACAGCCCUUGUAGAAAGAGAUGAUUUCUCAUCAGGGACCAGCAGCAGAAGCACUAAAUUGAUCCAUGGUGGUGUGCGAUAUCUUCAGAAGGCUAUCAUGAAGUUAGAUAUUGAGCAGUAUAGAAUGGUAAAAGAAGCCCUUCACGAACGUGCCAACCUACUAGAAAUUGCUCCCCAUUUAUCAGCUCCACUGCCUAUAAUGCUUCCAGUAUACAAGUGGUGGCAGUUACCUUACUACUGGGUAGGAAUCAAGCUAUAUGAUCUGGUUGCAGGAAGCAAUUGCCUGAAAAGUAGUUACGUCCUCAGCAAAUCAAGAGCCCUUGAGCAUUUCCCAAUGCUCCAGAAGGACAAACUAGUAGGAGCAAUUGUCUACUAUGAUGGACAACACAACGAUGCACGGAUGAACCUUGCCAUUGCUCUCACUGCUGCCAGGUAUGGGGCUGCCACAGCCAAUUACAUGGAGGUUGUGAACUUGCUUAAGAAGAAAGACCCCCAAACAGGGCUGGAGCGUGUUAGCGGUGCCCGGUGCAGAGAUGUACUCACAGGGCAGGAAUUUGAUGUGAGAGCCAAAUGUGUUAUCAAUGCUACGGGACCUUUCACAGACACCGUACGCAAAAUGGAUGAUAAGAAUGCAGCAGCGAUCUGCCAGCCGAGCGCGGGCGUCCAUAUUGUGAUGCCAGGUUACUACAGUCCAGAGAGUAUGGGACUUCUUGACCCAGCAACUAGUGAUGGGAGAGUUAUUUUCUUCUUACCCUGGCAAAAGAUGACCAUAGCUGGCACUACUGACACUCCAACUGAUAUUACACACCAUCCUAUUCCUUCAGAAGAAGAUAUCAACUUUAUUUUGAAUGAAGUCCGUAACUACUUGAGUUGUGAUGUUGAAGUGAGAAGAGGGGAUGUCCUGGCUGCGUGGAGUGGUAUUCGUCCCCUUGUCACAGAUCCCAAGUCUGCAGAUACUCAGUCCAUCUCCCGAAAUCAUGUUGUGGAUGUCAGUGAGAGUGGCCUCAUCACUAUAGCAGGUGGCAAGUGGACAACUUAUCGAUCUAUGGCAGAAGAUACCAUAGAUGCUGCUGUCAAGACUCAUAAUUUGAAAGCAGGCCCAAGUAGAACAGUUGGGCUUUUCCUGCAAGGGGGUAAAGAUUGGAGCCCUACUCUCUACAUUAGGCUUGUCCAGGAUUAUGGACUUGAAAGUGAGGUGGCACAGCAUCUGGCUGCCACCUACGGUGACAAGGCCUUUGAGGUGGCCAAAAUGGCAAGCGUGACGGGAAAGAGGUGGCCCAUUGUUGGAGUACGUCUUGUGUCAGAAUUUCCAUACAUCGAGGCAGAGGUGAAAUAUGGGAUUAAGGAGUACGCCUGCACUGCGGUGGAUAUUAUUUCACGGCGCACUCGGCUGGCCUUCCUGAAUGUCCAGGCCGCAGAGGAAGCCCUGCCUAGAAUUGUUGAGCUGAUGGGCAGAGAACUGAAUUGGGACGAUUAUAGAAAAGAGGAAGAACUUGAAACAGCCAGGAAGUUUCUGUAUUAUGAAAUGGGCUAUAAAUCUCGAUCAGAACAGCUAACAGAUCGCUCUGAAAUUAGUCUCCUGCCUUCAGACAUUGACAGGUAUAAGAAGAGAUUUCAUAAGUUUGAUGCAGACCAAAAAGGUUUUAUUACCAUUGUUGAUGUUCAGCGUGUGUUAGAGAGUAUCAAUGUCCAAAUGGAUGAAAAUACACUACAUGAAAUUCUGAAUGAAGUAGAUUUGAACAAAAACGGACAAGUUGAACUCAAUGAAUUUUUGCAGCUGAUGAGUGCUAUUCAGAAAGGAAGGGUGUCUGGGAGCCGGCUUGCUAUAUUAAUGAAAACUGCAGAGGAAAACCUUGAUAGAAGAGUUCCCAUUCCAGUGGACCGAAGUUGUGGAGGCUUGUGAGUCUGAGCAGUAAAUCCACAAUCAACAAAUAUAGGAACAACAAAUCAUCAUGGAACAGCCAGAGAUGACUUAAUACCACUCCAGAAUAGUGGAUAUGCAUAGCUGCCUUUUUUUUUUUUUAACACUGGGAAACAUUCCAAAGCUUUAGGAUGUCAGUGUAUAUCCUUUAUUUGUAUUUCCCAUUCAACCUAGCUUCCAAAAAGUGGAUUUUAUCUUCUUUUCCCUCAUUUUCAAUGCACACUGAUUUAAUGUUUUGCAUUCAUUUUGUGAUCUAUUUGAGUGGACAUGCUCCCUUUGGUUUGUUUAUUCAUUUAUUCUAAAUCAGUUCUAGAGGCAGAGUAUUUUGACAGAAACUGAAAAAAAAGAAGCUGGAAAAUUUUGUGAUGUGCACAAAACUCUAGACAAUAAGCUUGUAUAUAGUUACUUCUUAAAAAAAAUAGGCAAACUAUUGAAGUGCUUCUGGAGACUUGUCAGCCUCCUCUCUGAUCUGUCUGCCUUCCCUAUCCAAACAAUAUUGCAUAAUUUUAUAUCUAGAGCAUGACUGGCAAAACUGGAAGGAGAAAAAAUAGUUUAGAUCUUAACAGGAGCAAGACUUAAGGAAAAAAUCUGAAAGCUACCAGAAUCACAGGUAUAAGAUAAGGAUAGCAGUGACAUUUGCUGAGAGUUACAGGGAUAGGUUCAUUUCAGCAAUUCAUUCCCACCACCUCCCAUCCCCCUUGCUGGUUUUUCUUUGACUAUUAUAGUUGCCAGAAAUAUCUGCUUUUCUUACUUUAAAACCAGUAUUUAAGUGGCAAGUUGGAUAUAAUAGGAUGAAACUAAAUUUCUCAAAUCUAUUGAUAGUAAUGAAUUUAAGGAGUUAAAAUCAUGUUGUAUACCUACAUAAGAUAACACACUUUUCAAUUCCCCAACAUUCUAAAUAAACCUUGUAACAUGUGAUACUGUCAGACAUGCUAUAUCGCUCAGUUAAUUUGGGGGAGUAUUUAUAAACAGAUAUUAAAACAAAAAGCAAUAGUCUUUAGUUAACUGUAAUUGUCUGUAGAAAGGUACAACACUGCAAUAUUCGAGAUUAUAUGGUUUCUUAAAGACUUUGACCUCCAAGGUUGUCCAUCAACCAAAGUGAAAAAGAAAACCACCCACUACACCCUGCCCCAAAUACACAGAGACACACAAAAACAAAACCAAAAAUCUGCACUGAAUUUAACAAAUUUAAAAAGUGAAUUUGAUAAUUCUUUUGCAAUAUUUUUGGUAGCAUUUUAACUAGUCAGCUGAAUUAUUUAUUGUGCUUCCUCUGCUGAAGUUAGCUACCUAUUUUUGGUUUUUUGAAAUCAGGUUUAUAUAAUUGGAAAUGUAACCCUUAUUGAAUGGCAGUUUGUCAUUGAGCAAACUUGAGGUCUUUGUUUUUUAAACUGGUCAAGUACUUUUGUGUUAUUUCUAUUUAUGUCAACACAGUAGAGUAUCUUUGUGUCUCAUUCAAGUGACAUAUGAAUCUGUUAUGUCAUAAUAGAAACACUGGAGAUUCGCUCACUCACCUAAGCAUCCUCCCCCUCAACAUCUCAAAUAAACAGGGACUGCAAGGAAAGAUCACAUUUUAACUCUGUGUUUUUAAAUGGAGUUUCAACUUGCCACUUCUUGAAGGGGAACCUAAAACAAAGCUGGUGAUGCUCCCAGGGAUCACUGUGAAUUUUUUCUUUCUAGGUGUGAAUAUUUGCACUGUUUUUUUUUUUUUAAUCAUUAUUAUUUUAAUAAAUGGGAGUAUGUGGCUUUGUAAAUCAGUAAUUUUCUAUCAAGACAAAAAGUCAUUGUUUAGAACUCACUGACAAUCUGUGGAAGAGCUGUCUUUUAGAACAUCUCAAAUGAAGUACCACAAAAUUGUACAUUUGUGUUCUUUCUUUCUCUCUUUCUAGUUAGAUCAAGAUAACGAUGACUUGUAACCUCCCUGAAUCUAUUACAGUAGGGUCUGGGCCUAUAAUCUGACUGGCCUGGGCAGAGCUGCAUUGUAAACAGGCCUGGUCUGUGCACGCUUUGCUACGAAUGAAGUUCCUUUAAGGACAAAGAAAAGUACACUUUUCUUCUUUUGAGCAUAUCUGCUUUUGCUUAAAACCUGCUAAUUCUAAAACAUACGCUCCUUCACCAAUCCUAGAGACUUGUCUUAGAAAUGAGCUGAUUCCAAAUCUUUGUGUGAAUAAAGCACCCCUCAUUUUUCUGUAAGUUCUUAAUUAAACCUGUACAUUCUUUGUACCUGAUUUCAGAAAAGGAGACAAGAAAUGGGGGGAUAAGCCCCUUUGGAAAGCAUUUUAAGUGUAAAUGGGUAUUUUUUUUUCUUUCUACAUAAAUGCGGUAUUAGAUGAUUGUACUGGCUUGGGGGAAUCCAAUCACAUGAUUUGUUUCGAGAACCUUUAAGGGGAUUCAGGUGAAAGAACCCCCAUCUGUGGUGGAGAGUUGGCUGCUCCUUUAAAUAGCCCCUACCACAGUCUGAACCACAAUGAUAAUGCUGGGUGACUUGUUAAGUCAGGGUUGUCUGCCGCACAUCCAUCAUGCUGCUUGCAGUAUUCUUGCCCUCUGUUUAUACUGAGUAACUUUGGAGUUUCUACUAUGAAAUGCAUGCUCAAUCUUCUGCUCUAGUCUAGCUUUGUUUUGUCUUUUUUCCCCCAAAAUAUGUGGCUUCCUCUUUUGUACGACAAAAAUUUCAUUCUUUAAUAAACAUGUUGUAAGACUGAUCAUUGAUCUUACUUCCUUUUUUUAUGUAUUUGAAAAGAUUUUUGGCAUAUGAAUGUACUAAUAUUGAAGUCAGUGACACUCUAACUUGCACUGUUUCUCAUUGUCAACCCUUUUUAGGGUGUUUAAAAAAAUGACUGUUUUUAAAGAAUAUCAAAUAUAAACCCAGGCCUGGGCUAGAUAUGCAUACUGCAUGUUUUCAUAUGUGGCACUUUUAUGUAUUGUGUUGGAUUAUUGUUCUAGAUUGGACUGUUAAAUACUAUGUUUGAGGCUGGAUUGUCAUUUUUAUAACUGUCUUGGUGUUUUAUCGCCAUUAUUUAUUACUUUUGAUAUACAGAAUGAGCUGCAUGCAUUUAUAGAGCAAUAAGAGGGUGUAUUUAAUGUGCCUUGUUUUUAACUGAAUAGAACUGAAAGCAUGAAUCAAUAAAACUGAUUAAAAUGGUC